UUAAAAAAAAGAAAGAAGGAAAUAUAGACAAGACACACCGGCGAGGAGAGCGGAUUCACAGCCACGGAGCGGACCGGAAGACAGGUCUGACCUACCCACGACACUUUUUAUUCGAUAUAUGUAUAUUUAAAUAUAUAUACAUAUAUCCGUGUCCGCGAGAGAAAACACCGGUGAGACUAGUGCUGCUCAUUUUACGCACCGGCCACGCAGCAUGUCCCGGGCGGACUAGAGAGGCGACCCUUGCUGGAAGCGCAACGCGCACGCGGAACGGCGCCGAGGAGGACCGUAUUGACAAUAGAAACUCAACUCGAGAAGAAUAGCAAAGGUUGAGGAGGAGGAAGAGGAGGAGGAGCGAAAGAUAACACCGGAAUGAAGAGGACCUCGGGAUUCCCGGCGUGCUGCGGAGUUGUGACUGAUGGAUGAAUGCGGCCAUCUGUAGGCUAUAUCCAGCGACAGGUACCGACGCCACCGGGGGAGCGUUGACAAAAAGACGCGGCGCAGCGCGUCGACCGGCGGCCGCAUUGAUAGAAGAGAAGAAGAGAGAGAGGGAAGGACAACAAGACGAGAGGAAGGACCUGUGCGAUCGGUCGGAUCCGUCUCAUCGCACCGUUACCGUUCUCCACACGCAAGAAGGUCGCGAGGGGGGCUGUGAGUGUGUGUGUGUGCGUCUCAGCCACAGGUCACACAGGACACUCCCGGGGGCUGCUCGCCUCCCCGAUCCAACCGAGAACCGGAGGAUCCGUCGCACGUCCCGCGGACAGUUCAUCGGGGACACUCGCAGGGGGUCCGGAGAGGAAUUUUAAAUUAUUUUUUAUAAAAAACAAAAAAGGUCGGACAGAAGGACAUGUAUCUGAUAACGACCUCACAUGCUCCCGACUGAUCUCUGCUCACCUUCCCACGGGGCGAACCGCAAGAGAAACCCGCAGGCUGCCCGGCGCACCGUCCGACCCUCUGAGACCCCCCCUCCCUCCCUCCCCUCUCUCCCCGGUCCGUCGGCUCGCCGUCCGGAGUCCGUUAAAUCAGAAUGGCGGGACCCGGUUGUUGGAAGUAUUACCUCUGGAUCUUUAUUUUCACGUGCAGGUCGACGCUCACCUCGGCCAAGUCGCUGCAGACUAUAGUCUGGGGCGUGCAGAAUUCCAACUUCUUGCUCGGCCAGGGCCUCGUGAUCUACCCCGACAUCGGGGACAAGCUGGACAUCAUCUGCCCCAAGGCGGAGCCAGGCGGCGAGUACGAGUUCUACAAGCUGUACCUGGUGAAGCGGGAGCAGGCGGAGAGCUGCAGCACGGUGCUCGACCCCAACGUGCUGGUCAACUGCAACAAGCCCGAGAAGAACAUCAAGUUCACCAUCAAGUUCCAGGAGUUCAGCCCCAACUACAUGGGCCUGGAGUUCAAGAGGAACUUCAACUACUACAUCACCUCGACCUCCAACGGGACCGCCGAGGGCCUGGAGAACCGGGAGGGGGGCGUGUGCAAGAGCCGAGACAUGAAAGUCAUCAUGAAAGUCGGGCAAGUACCGAACCAGGCCAACCCCGUGGCGCCGGACGCUACCAAGGACAACGUGGUCCCGGAGUCCAGUCCCAGACCGCCGGAUCCGGGUCGGAUCGGACCCGAGGUGCCGGGGAACCCUGACCCCAUGAAUCAGGACCCGUCCGGCAACUCCGGCAACUCGGACGGCAUCCUGGGCUCCAAAGUGGCGGUGUUCUCCGCCAUCGGCGCCGGCUGCGUCAUCUUCCUCCUGCUCAUCCUCCUCCUCGUCAUCCUGCUCAUCAAGAUGCGCAAGCGCGCCCGCAGACACAGCCACUCCCACCACUCCCACCACUCCCACCACUCCCACCACUCGCAGCAGCCCCGCCCCUCGGCGCUGUGCCUCAGCACCAUGUCCAACGCCAAGCUGCCCGGCGGCGGCGGCGGCAUGGGCGGCAUGGGCGGCGGCAGCGGCACGGCCGGCACGGAGCCCAGCGACAUCAUCAUUCCUCUGCGGACAGAGAACAACUACUGCCCUCACUACGAGAAGGUGAGCGGCGACUACGGCCACCCCGUCUACAUCGUCCAGGAGAUGCCGCCGCAGAGCCCCGCCAACAUCUACUACAAGGUCUGACGCGGCGAGAACGAAGAGGAGCGCCUGAUUUUUAUGUCCCGGGGGAGGAACACUUUCCUUUUUCCUUUUUUUUUGUUGGUGUUAUUUCAACGAGACGAGAGCGCCGACCGGGAAGAAAAAAAACCAGCGAGAGGUUGUGACUGAUGACGAGAGGUUUUUAUUCUGUUUGUCUGGGUUGUCUGAUAAACCCCGCCCCCCUCACCUCCACACACACACACACACACACCCACCCUCUCCUCAACUCCACACCUGCUACACCUCCCCACUGUGCUCCAGGGGUGGGGGGGGCUGGAGCGAACCAACAGAUGGAGCUCCGGCUUCCUGGUUCUCGCCGUCCCCCUUUUUUUAACGGGGGCAGGAUCUAUAACUUAUCUCAGUUCCCUGAAGUACAGUGUAUGUGUGUGUGUGUGUGUGUGUUUGUGUGCUACACCCAAUGACACACACCAUCCCACAGCAGCACACCAGGAACAGGCACACACAGGCCCGGACGCCACUCCGCCUGCAGUGUGUGUGCAAGCGUUAUUAAACGUGUGUGUGUGUGUGUGUGUUUGUCAGGGCUCCGCUCUGGGGCCCUGGAAACUCUCCAGGUAGCUCAGGUAUCAGACACACAGCGUGUGAACAUGGCGUGUUCCUCUCCCUUCACACACCUCGGAUGUUUGCCUUACUUACUAUUUUUGGUGGAGGAUUUUUUUUCCCUCGAGAUAUAAAAAAGAAACCUGAUUCAGUUCACAAAGCAGUCGUAUUUUGUUAGACUUUUCCUACAAGUGCACAAUGUAUAGAGUUGAAUAGAUCGUCAUGGUUACUCCCGUCUUCUACUUCUUCUUCUUCUUCUCGCCACCCCACGUUCAUCCACAUCGCGUUAUUUGUUUCCUUUUUUUUCUUUCUUUAAUGAGAAAAUUACCCCGGACUGUUGAUGUUGAGAUGUGUGUGUGUGUGUGUGUGUGUGUGUUGUAGAAACUCCCUUCUCCACUGGUCUGAUAUGAGCUUUAUCUCUACUCUGGUAUUUAUGACCUACUUAUUUGUAUUUGAGGGUGUGUCCUCUCUCUCUCUCUCUGAGUGUGUGUGUGUGUGUGUGUGUGUGUGUGUGUGUGUGUGUAUCUGGGCAUGUCCGGACCAGUCCGGUAUCCGGGCAGACUUGAUGGCUUCGAGGUAGAACACUAAAUUAAUGUAUGGUGAGAACAGACAGACACACACACACACACACACACACACACACACACACACACACACACACACACAGACACACACAGAGACAGACACACAAACAGACACACACACACAGACAGACAGACAUUAAGACAGACAGGCAGACAUGAGGACAGACAGACACACACACACAGACAUACAGACAUGAAGACACACAUACACACAGACACACAUACCCACAGACAGACACACACACACAGACAUACAGACAUGAAGACACACAUACACACACACACACAGACACACACACACAUGAAGACAGACAGACAUGAAGACACAUACAAACAGACAGACCCACAGACAGACACACACACACACAUGAAGACAGACAGACAUGAAGACACACAUACACACACACACACACACAUGAAGACAGACAGACAUGAAGACACACACACACACACACACACACACACAUGAAGACAGACAGACAUGAAGACACACACACACACACACACAUGAAGACAGACAGACAUGAAGACACACAUACACACACACACACACACAUGAAGACAGACAGACAUGAAGACACAUACACACACACACACACACACAUGAAGACAGACAGACAUGAAGACACACACACAUACACACAGACACACACACAUGAAGACAGACAGACAUGAAGACACACACACACGCACACACACACACACAUGAAGACACACACACACAUGAAGACAGACAGACAUGAAGACACACACACACACACACACACACACACACACACACAUGAAGACAGACAGACAUGAAGACACACACACAGACACACACACACACACACAUGAAGACAGACAGACAUGAAGACACAUACACACACAUGAAGACAGACAGACAUGAAGACACACACACACACACACACACACACACACAUGAAGACAGACAGACAUGAAGACACACACACACACAGACACACACACACACACACAUGAAGACAGACAGACAUGAAGACACACACACACAGACACACACACACACACAUGAAGACAGACAGACAUGAAGACACACACACACACACACACAUGAAGACAGACAGACAUGAAGACACACACACACACACACACAUGAAGACAGACACACAUGAAGACGCACACACACACACACACACACACAUGAAGACAGACAGACAUGAAGACACACACACAUACACACAGACACACACACAUGAAGACAGACAGACAUGAAGACACACACACACACAGACACACACACACACACACACAUGAAGACAGACAGGUCUGACACAACUCUCUCCUUGCUGAGGGUUUCUUCUCUGAUGAGCUUUGGGGGCUUUAAGGCGGCAGGUUGUGUUUGUUGAGCUUCUGGAGCGUCAAACAGUCGCUCUGCUCGCCUGGGCGAGGUGGGGGGCGUGGCUUGCGUGGCCGCCGCCGAUUGGCCGGCCUACACAGGUAUAUGGUGCCCUAUGUACAAGUCGGACGGACAUCGGGGAUACGGUAUCGCCGGAUGCCAAUUGGCCGCCAUCUGUGUGGAUGAGUCAGUGAGAGAGAGAGAGAGAGAGAGAGAGAGAGUGUGUGUGUACGCAGUCAGCGGCGUCGCCAGCGUGUGACUAAUCUGUGUGCCACCGCCGUGCCCACACCCGCCAGCCGGGGCGAGAGAGAGAGAGAGGGAGGGAGAGAGGGAGAGGAUGAGGGAGAGAAAAUGUUCCUGUGACUUAAACCUGACAGGAGGAGGAUGGUGGUGCGGAUGGGGGAAGGGGGGGGGCGGGGGGGGGGGGUAGCAUUCAUUUUCCCAUCAUCCUCUCCUCUCGCCAGUUGUGCUGUGAAUAAAAAAUGCUGUGCAGAAUGUUCCGGAUGGAGGUGACGCUGCAGCUCGGCCAUCACAGCCCGGGGCGGGCCGAUGUGUGCUCUAUAUUUGCAGUUUUUAAAAAUAUGAAGUUCGUCUUCACUGCAUGUCUGUGUGUGCGUGUGUGUAUGUGUGUGUGUGUGUGUGUGUGUGUGAACGCCUCUUUUGGGGACUGCAAACGAGGCGCCGCAGUCCCCAGUUAGGGAUGUGUGAGAGGAGAGAACAUCUUCUUUUCCUCACACACACUGACGCUCGACUCACGUACACGUGCGCACAGACACACACACAACGACACUCGACUCACGUGCACGUGCACACACACACACACAACGACACUCGACUCACGUGCACGUGCACACAGACACACACACACACACAACGACGGAAUUUCUCCGGGUUCAUCUCCAUUCGAAGCGGUCCGGGUCGUGAAUGUUUAUCCACCGGCAGAGACGGCCAUUAUCCACACACACACACACACACACACACUGACGCUCGACUCACGUGCACGUGCGCACAGACACACACACACAACGACACUCGACUCACGUGCACGUGCGCACAGACACACACGCACACACACACCGAGGCGGACUUCUCCGGGUUCAUCUCCAGUCUAAACGGUUUAGGUCGUGAAUGUUUAUCCACCGAAGGAGACGACCAUCAUCCUCUGACACACACACACACACACACACACACACACACACACACACACACACACACACGCACUCGCACAGCGCUGAGUUAAAAGGCAGCCCCGGCUCGGAGACCCAGUGGCGUUUGCGUGUCGUUAACCUCCAGAGUUAACAACCUAAACAGCUGCUGGUGCUCCUGUGUUUUUACUCUUCUCUCUGUGAAACACAUUUUAAAUCAAAUGUUUUUGUUUCGGAUCAGCGCGCAUCCAUCCACCUCCGCCAGCCAGGGGAGUCGUUAUCGAAUUACCACGCUCACACACCCCCAUAUCUCAUUUUUAUUCAUUCUAGUGACCACUUAAAUGUUUUUUUUCAACUUUUCUUUUGGGGGGGGGGGGGGGGAAGCGAUAAAAAUGAAAAAAAUACAAUUUAAAAGGAGUAAAACAGAGUAAUGUAAAUAUAUGGAUAGAGCCCAAUUUAAGAUGUAAUUUCACCUGAACACUGCUCAUAAGAAGAAUUUAAGAUUAGAUUUUUGUAAUGGAGGAUGUUUGUAAAUAGCUGUCUUUUUAAAAGUGUGUUUUGUAUGAAUCCUUGCAUUUGUCUUUUUUUUUUUGGUCUCUUGUUUGCAACAUGUUUUAAUUUUAAAUUUUUUUUUCUUUAAGAGUUAAAACUGAAUAUGACAAACGGGCACAUGUGAGCUGUCUUUUCGCAGCGGCGUCCAGUAUUGUCAAAAAGUCUUUGUUACCACGUGUUAAAACAACAACAACAACAACUGGGGUUCAGAGUUUUUAACAUUGCCAUUCAACGGGAUUUUAGUCGCUCAGAAAAAGUGUUCAGGACUGAAGCUUCUUCGCCACCGAGCUCAUUGGAACUAUGAAUGAUAAGGCCCCCUACUUCCUGUUUGGAGGCCGCACUUAACCCGGAAGACGAAGACCGUGCAAUUCCACUGCCUUUGAGUUACCCACACCUUCCACUCCAUUAUUAGAUGUAACGAAGAAGAGAACAAAAUAAUUUUGGUCCAGGAAGAUUACUCUUUUUUUUCAGUUCUAAUAAGACCAUCAGAGGCUAGACGGAGAGAGAGAGAGGGAGGGUGGGGGGGGCCACAAAUGGGAGUGUGACCGUUCUGCGCUCGUCAUAAAUCAUCCGGUUUACACUCGUUAUCUCCCUGGCGGUCUCUCUCUCUCUCCCUCCCUGCUCCAGAGAUGCCGGUCGCUCACGCUUUGGGCCUCGAUGUCGGUUGAUUUCUGCUAUUGUUCAAAAAAAGCCACAGUAUUAUUUUUUUCAAUGUGCAUGUGUAAGCAAAACCUGUUGAAUUAUUUUGUUUUUUUUCUCCCUUUGUUUGAAUCAUAACUGUAACUAAGUUGUGUUAUUUUAUUUUUUUGCCAUUCACUUCUUCUUUUUCGCCGCUUUUCUCAGCGUAACCUAUUGGCACCACCAGCUACAAUGGAAAUAACGUUCCACCAGUUUGGAAACUACCGCAUAUUGAUAAAUAAAAUUUUUCCCAUGGAACUUGU